UGUAGCGGCCAUGGUAUGGAAAUACCGCCAUGGCUGCAGACGCCACUUAGAACUGCACUUGCAUUGCAUUGAGGUGUAAUCACUUCAAUGCUAUUAACUGCGUCUCCUGUUUUGCGGUGUUUCGCGCUGUAUUCAGUAAGUAGUACGACCCGUAAACCGGCCUUAGGAUGAAAAGAGUCGGAAAGCUGCUUAUAAAUGCUGAUGAUCUUGGCUACAACGAAGAGAGGGAUCGCGGUAUAUUUCAAUGUUUCUAUCGCGAUAAUAGCAUUACCUCAGCGUCUAUUUUGGCAAAUGGAAGUACUUCACAAACUGCAAUAGUUCAAGCACUGCGGAUAGGUAUUCCAGUCGGACUUCAUUUCAAUAUUACAGAAGGUCACCCUUUGGUUGAACCAAGUAAAAUUCCAUCAUUGGUUCAAAAAGGAAUGUUUUUAGGAAAAGAAAAAUUUGUAAAAUCUGCCAGAUCAAGCUAUAUCAACCCAUUGCACGUGAAACAAGAAUUAAAAGCACAAAUCAACUGGUUUAAAAGAGUGUCAGGGUCAUACCCAAUAAGAGUUGACGGACAUCAGCAUGCUCACAUAAUGCCGCUUGUUAGAGAUGCAUUUUGUGAGGUUCUAAAUGAAUACGGCAUCACGCAGACAAGACUUCCUCUCGAAGAAGAUAUUGUGAAAAAGGAUCUUGGAUUACAGAAUUCAUUUUUCAAGUACGUUGAUGAAUGCAGCAAAGACUGCCUCACCACAUUUUUAAAAUAUGACAUAAAGCACACUGACAAAUUUAUUGGAUCAAGUACAAUGGGUAUUAACAUGUCAUUCGAAUCUCUGCGAAACCUGCUUCUCAAAGCGUUCACUGAAGAGAGUCUCAACACAAAGUGUGAACUCAUGGUACACCCAGGUUUUAGAUGUGCUGGGGAAGAGGGAGGCUGUGGUCAAGGUCCAGAUGACUUUUCACGGUCCAAGUAUCGUGAACAUGAGAUGGCAGUUUUGAGAAACCAAAGAUUUAAGAAAUUUCUUGAAGAUCAGAACAUAGAUAUGGUUUCAAUCAAAGAUAUAUGUGAAGAAUCUCCCAGCUAUAAAUAGCGGUGAAGAAUUUAUGGAGAAUCUG